AUGUCCAAUUUAAUAGAAUAUAUUAACCUUGAUUUAGUAUUGCUAUUAAUUUUAAAUUAGAGAGCAUCUGUCCUAUACCCUUAGGCAAAAAAAUAUUUGAGAACAAGUUUUUAGGAAAAGAAGCAUGAUGCAUAUUUUUUGAAUAUAUUAUGUACCUGGAUAAGAAGAAAUAGCUUUAAAAUCAAUAGAAUCUUAAAAUUUAAGAAAUUAUUUAACUCCUCUACUCUAAGGAAAUGUAUCUACAAAAAGAAAUUUUUUAGGAAAAAUCUUAAAGGAUGUGGCAGUUAGAAGAAUGAUAAAAGUCUUUUUUAAUCAUUAAUUCUCUGGAAUAUUAAAUUAUAAUGGAAGGGCUAUUAAUUAUAGUAAUAUAAAUAUACCAUAACUACAUAUAUAAAAAUAAAAAACAUUUUGGAAAAGGAUUUUUACUUGUUGAUAAGGAUAAUAAAUAGUUAAUCAGAAAAUAAUAAUAAUGGAACUUUUGUGGAUAUAAUAAUUAAAAGGAUAUCAUUCAAGAAUACAUAAAAAUUCCUAUUUGUUUAAGGUAACAAUAACUUGAUAAAAAAUAUUUGA